AAAGGUAGGAGUUAUCACAGUGGGUGUUGUCUUAAAAAACAGUAUUUAUACGAGUUAUUCCAUAUGUAUACAUGUCAACGGGUAAAAAUGGAACAAAACUCGUCCGUUGAAAAAAUGAAGGCAGCUUCAGCAAUAUACAGCUUUCUUAUUUUAAUCAAUUUUGUUGGCUGUGGAAAAUUCCAAUCACCUGAGUCUGAUAUAGAACUCCAGUAUUUGACCUGCAAUCUGAAGAUAGCGACACUAAAUGAUAUUCCAUUGCAUUUUCUACUACUGUAUGAGCGUAUCGCGAUCAAUGCUGAUAAAAUAAAAGAGCUGGAAAGACACGAUGGUAAUAAGAACAAAACGAUGCGACCCGGAACAAGCAAAAGCUGUUUUGUGAGCCAUCUAGAAAACAACAAUAAGACGACAAACUUUAAACUGAAUGACACAAAUAUAUUAUUGGAAUUAGUGAAGAAAAGGAUACAUAGAUUAGAAGCAAAAGUGAGACGUAUUAACAAAAAGUGCAAAAGGAUAAAGAACUGCAGAAAAGGAAAACAGAAAGGGCGUACAACAGUAUGAUUAGAAAUCAGCCUACGUGUGACUACGACCAGUAUGGACUUUCAAAUGCAAUUCUCCUACAUUACCUCGAUCAUCUCAUUGAACACCAGAAAAUAAAUUGGUGUAUCAUUUGAUUUACAGGACGUGCAUUGCAUGAUUGUGAGCACGACACCUUUGGGUUUUAAAUGUUUUUCGUGUGUUCCUAUGAGUAACAAAAUGGCUGCGACAGUGUCGUUACUGAGCUAUGUUCUUAAUCACAUUGAAUCUUACCAAUGAUAUGUUUUUUCAAGUUCUUGUUCCUGCCUGUGAAUUUCUUGCUAAUUAUACUUUUAAAAAAAGUAUAAUUGACAUUUGCAGUAGAAUUAGUUUUUAUAUUAUAUUGUAUAGGGUAAAUAUGAUUUAAAAGCU